CCUCAUCGAGGUCGCAAAACAUGUGAAACAAUAAUGUCUGUUGAACAGUACCAGUUUCGAGACUGCAGUCGAAGAACGCGAAUUUUAAAGCGCAGAAAACGGAAAAUUCUUCCAGAUUAAUCAAGGGAAACUCAAAAACUAUAAACGAUAGCCCAUUGAAAUGUGUUAUAAAAAUUAUGAACAGUCUAAUCGAAAAAGAAAAUUCAUCAAAAUGUAUGGUUGUAGUGAUGUCUAAAGCUUUAUCCGCAUCUCGUUCUAGUCCUACAUUUGCAAAAUACAAACGCCGUAUUAGACGACGAUAUCCACUUGAAGAUCAUGAUCCUAAUUCACAGGACAGUGGUUCUCUUACUGCUCAUUCAGAUGAUUCUAGAUCAGUGUCAACAUUAUCUGAGAGCAAUACAUCAUAUACAGAUGAUUCAGAUGAUGAAUUCUUAGACAUUGCUGUAUCCCCAACAGGAUCGUCUCCAGAUUCACUUCUACUUGGAUUCAGUACAUUAAUAGAAGGACAUAUUAUUAGCCAGUCAUCAAUUAUUGUUAAAAGAAAAAUUACAAAAUAUUCUUCAGAUACUCCUCGCAAGACUGAUUUAUUAUUUGGCGGUAUUAAAAAUAAUGAAGCAGUUGUGAGAAAAAGAAAGUUGACACGUGAUUUAGAAUCAAAUCCUGAAACUAUUGUAUUAUUAAAGAAAACUAGACCGAGUACAAGUCUUUCUAUGUCAUUUGAUUCUCCAUGACUUAUAUAAGAUUAUAUAAACAGUCCUUUAACUGCCCCUGUAUCUCAGGGAAAGUGUACUUUAUUUGAUUAUGGAUUUUGUAAAAAAGAAAAACCAGUUUUUCGACGUUCAUUUUCUACUAGUGAAGCUUCUAUUAAAGCUGCUUUUGAAAAAGAGGAUACUGGAGAGAAACUAAUUAGUGACUUUAGCAAAUCAUUUGUUUUACCUUUAAUGCCAUUUGGUCGCCAUGCUGAUCUCUGUAGUAUAUCCCUAGAAACAUUAACUGAGUUACUGAAUGGAGCUUAUGAUGACUUUAUUGAUUCUUAUCUUAUAAUUGAUUGCAGAUACUCUUAUGAAUUUGAAGGUGGUCAUAUUAGAGGAGCUGUUAACAUUUUUACUAAACAACUAUUAAAAAAUUAUACUGAAGAUCAGUUAGGUAAACGAUCUCCUAAAAAUGAAUCCAAUGGAGGUAAAAGAAACUUAUUGAUAUUUUACUUAUACUAUAUUUUAUUAAGUGAUAACUGGCUCCCCGAACGGAAUCUAAACCGGCCGAGAGAAGUUAAGAUAACGGGCGAAUUGAAAACAUAUAAAAAACGAUUAAAUUUGCGUUUUUAUCGAGCGUAUAAAAUUCUGCGAGCUUGCAUAAAAAUGUAUUCUCUUGAUGGACACGAUACGUCAGAAAUGAAUGUGCACGAAGGAGAUUUAAACGAAGACGACCGAAACGAAGUACGAAAAUGUAUAGUCAGAAAUAUAAUUAAAAUUAUUUCUGGUAAAAUUCCUCUAGAUGGAGUUGUUUGUAGUAUAAAAUUCUUCAUUUUUGGAUCUGAAGAAAUCCCUUUUGCAGAGUAUUGUUGUGCUGCUUGUUACACGUAUUUGGUUUUAGAUGAUUCCAUGUUUUCUGGACUAAUAUUACCAACAGCAGCAGGUAUUAAACUUAAUAAAUUUAUUAAUUAUUUGUCAUCCAAAAAUUUAUCACAAGCACAAUUUGCAUUCCAUAAUUGCAUUGCUAAUUUAAACAUAAAUGGUUUUGAACAAAUGAAUUAUGGUAAGACAUUGAAAUAACUUUGACAUCCUUAUAUAAUUAAAAUAA